GUCCAGCAGCAGGAAGCAGAGAGAAGAUGGGAAGAAAUCCAGGCUUAUCUCAGGAAAAGAACAGCAGAACACGAAGCAGCGCAACAAGAUGUGCAGAACAAGCUUGUGGCCAAAGACAAUGAAAUCCAGAGCUUGCACAGUAAACUUACUGAUACAAUGGUGUCAAAACAGCAGCUGGAGCAGAGGAUGUUGCAGUUAAUGGAGGCUGAGCAAAAGAGAGCUACUGCGGAGGACUCCAUGCAAAUGCAGGUGCAGGAGCUGAUAGAGCAGAAUGAUGCUUUGAAUGCUCAGCUUCAGAAGUUUCAUUCACAAAUGGCAGCCCAGACGUCAGCUUCAGUCCUGGCAGAAGAACUACACAAAGUGAUUGCAGAAAAGGACAAACAGAUAAAGCAGAUGGAGGACUCGUUAGGCAAUGAACAUGCCAACUUAACCAGCAAAGAGGAAGAGCUCAAGGUCUUACAGAAUAUGAACCUAUCACUGAAAUCAGAAGUACAGAAGUUACAGGCUCUGACAAAUGAACAGGCGGCUGCUGCACAUGAGCUGGAAAGGAUGCAGAAAAGCAUUCACAUCAAAGAUGACAAAAUAAGAACUCUUGAAGAUCAGCUUCGGGAAGAACUUGCUCAGAUUUCAAACACAAAAGAAGAAUUCAAGAUUCUCAAGGAUCAAAACGCAACUCUGCAAGCUGAAGUUCAGAAGCUGCAGACUCUCCUGUCUGAGCAGGCAAACAAAGACUUGUUAGAGCAGAUGGAAAGAAGAAUGAGAGAGAGGGAUGAUAAAAUCAAGACUGUUGAAGAGCUGCUUGAGGCAGGACUCAUACAGGUGGCUAAUAAAGAGGAGGAGCUGAAGGCGCUGCAAACGGAAAAUUCAUCUUUGAGAAAAGAACUUCAAAGUCUGCAAAUUCAGCAAUCAGAGCAGGUUUCCUUCCAGUCACUGGUGGAAGAACUCCAGAAAGUGAUCCAUGAGAAAGACGGAAAAAUAAAAUCAGUGGAAGAACUCCUACAAGCUGAAAUCCUUAAAGUAGCCAGCAAGGAGAAGACUGUUCAGGCUUUGACACAGGAAAUAGAGGCUCUGAAAGAAGAAGUAGGAAAUUCCCAGCUUGAGAUGGAAAAACAGGUGUCGAUUACAUCACAAGUCAAAGAACUUCAGACUCUGUUGAAGGGGAAGGAAAAGCAGGUGAAAACCAUGGAGGCCUUAUUGGAAGAGAAGGAGAAAGAGAUUGUUAAGAAAGGAGAAUGGCUGCAGGGUCAGAAAGAUACGAUUGCACAAUUAACCAGUAAAGUUCAGGAGUUAGAACAACAGAACCUGCAACAGGUACAGCAGGUACCUGCUGCAUCCCAAGUCCAGGACCUGGAGAGCCUGUUGAAAAGGGAAGAAGAACAAAUGAAGAAGUUGAAAGCUGUAGUGGAAGAAAAAGAGAGAGAAAUUGCAAGCCAAGUAAAACAAUUGCAGGAUAUGCAAAAGGAAAACGAAUCUUUCAAAGUUCAAAUUCAAGAAUUGAAGCAGGAGAAUUGCAAACAGGCAUCUCUGGCUGUCCAAAGCGAGGAGCUUCUGCAAGUGGUUGCAGGGAAAUAGAAGGAAAUCACCAGCCUCCAAAACGAGCUCGCCUCUCAGAGAAAUGCUUUUGAGCAACAGAGGAAAAAGAACAACGACCUUCGGGAGAAAAACUGGAAAGCAAUGGAAGCAUUGGCAUCAACUGAAAAAUUGCUGCAGGACAAAGUGAACAAGACUGCCAAGGAGAAACAGCAGCAUUUGGAAGCUGCUGAGGUGGAGACGCGUGAACUACUCCAGAAGCUGUUCCCUAAAGUCUCUCUUCCUUCUAACAUGAGUCACAGUGAAUGGAUAUGUGGGUUUGAGAAGAUGGCUAAAGAAUACUUGAGAGAGGCUUCGGGAUCUGAAGACGUCAAGGAUACGGAACAGAAGCCGAAGGAGGCCGAGGAAGUGCACAUGCUGCAACUGGAGUGUGAGAAAUACAAAUUGGUUCUGGCGGAGACGGAGGGGAUUUUACAAAGGCUACAGAGGAGUGUGGAAGAAGAAGAAAGCAAAUGGAAGAUAAAAGUUGAAGAAUCACAGAAGGAACUUAAACAGAUGCGUUCUUCGGUCGUUUCUUUGGAGCACGAGGUGGAGAGGUUAAAGGAAGAAAUCAAAGAAGUCGAAACUCUUAAAAAAGAAAGAGAACACUUGGAAAGUGAACUAGAAAAGGCAGAAAUAGAACGAUCUACUUAUGUUUCAGAAGUCAGAGAGCUCAAAGAUCUGUUGACUGAAUUGCAGAAAAAACUUGAUGAUUCAUAUUCUGAAGCAGUAAGACAGAAUGAAGAGUUAAAUUUGCUGAAAACACAGCUAAACGAAACACUAUCAAAACUCAAAGUUGAUCAAAAUGAGAGACAGAAGGUAGCUGGUGACUUGCCCAAGGCCCAGGAGUCUUUGGCAUCUCUUGAGAGAGAAAUUGGGAAAGUUGUUGGGGAUGCCAACGUUAUCGAAAACAGCGAUGUUUGCACAGAGUCGGAAUUGACUGAUAAAAGACUAAAUGUGGCGGUGAAUCUUAACCAGGAUGUAGGUCAUCUCAAGAAGCUGCUCGUGUCAGUAAGCCAAAUGCUGUCAAAGGGACGAGAACACUACCAGCUAGUAGAAUGAAGUCACGGGGGAAUCGUUAAUUUGAGGAUAGCAGAAGGCAUUGUAUCAUAUUUUGCCAAAUUAAAGCCUUAUUUAUGUUUCACCCUUUCUACUUCGUCAGAAACACUGAACAGAGUUUUGUCUUUUCUAAUCCUUGUUAGACUACUGAUUUAAAGAAGAAAAACCCGACUCUGUAGACACCUCCAGAGUUUAGUUUUAUAAUAAAACCAAACCUGUUUGGAUAAUUAGACCUUUACAUUCCUGGAGAGACAGUAAACACAUAAUCUUUUAUCUUAUUUUGCUCAAUAAAACUUGUUCAGAAAACUCCAACGUGGUAAAGUCACCAAUGAGAUAUAACAUUUUAAUACUGAUGUUGUACACUGUUUUACUUAAUUACGUUUUUGGGAUUAGCUGCCUCUGACUUCAACCUCAAGUAAAACACUCCUUUUUUUUUGUUGGUUUUUUUUUGGUUGCUAAUGUAAUCAGUUUUUGUAAUGGUGUCAGCAAAUAAAGGGAUGCUAUUA